AUGGUAGUUUGUUGGAAUACUGCCCAUGAAGAAACUAUGCGCAUGUAUUUAUAUUUAGGGAUAUUAUUGAUUAUUUUAAUGCCUAAUGUGAUUCGAGCUCAAUUAUCAAAGAAGGACAAAAUGAGGAACAGAAUGUUGACAGAAUUACUACGUGUUGAAAGGAAGAAGGAACUGAGGAUAGGAGAAUGUUGCCCUUCAAUAACAGAGAAAAUCCAUCCGCGUGGUGGUUUAUCUAGAAACAAUGAAUUAUUAGAAUUGUAUAGAGAUCACAAGACUAUACAGGCUUUUUACCAAACUAAAUGUUUACCCGGUGUGGCUAAAAAUACAUGUCAAUUUUUGGACAAAAAAUAUCAAGCAAUUUCGCGGUGUGUUCAAAAGUAUACUUAUAUGUACGCCAUAGUACGGGAUUUCAAUAUCUCCCAACCGUAUAGGGUAGAUUACAUUCGAAUCAAGACGGGUUGUUCUUGUGAGUUAGUGACAGAUCUUGAAGAGUUUUCUUAG